GGAAGGAAGUAUUGCCGAAGCCGGGAGAGACGUGGCGGAUCGUGAAGAAUGUUGUCAUCAUCAGCGUGGCGUUCAUGCUACACUUCACAGCUUACAGUGUAAGUAUCACUGCUUAUAUAGUGCUGAACAAUGUGUGAAGGGAAAAAGUCUAGCAUUGAGAAGGCGGAGAAGGGCAAGGAAGUAUUGCCGAAGCCGGGAGAGACGUGGCGGAUCGUGAAGAAUGUUGUCAUCAUCAGCGUGGCGUUCAUGCUACACUUCACAGCUUACAGUGUAAGUAUCACUGCUUAUAUAGUGCUGAACAAUGUGUGAAGGGAAAAAGUCUAGCAUUGAGAAGGCGGAGAAGGGCAAGGAAGUAUUGCCGAAGCCGGGAGAGACGUGGCGGAUCGUGAAGAAUGUUGUCAUCAUCAGCGUGGCGUUCAUGCUACACUUCACAGCUUACAGUGGGGCAGCCAAUCUACAGAGUUCGAUUAACGCCGAGGCGGGACUGGGUACAGCGUCACUGGCGGCCGUGUACGCUGGUCUCAUCUUCUCGAAUAUAUUCCUACCCGUGCCUGUUAUCAAAUGGAUGGGCACAAAGUGGGCGAUGUCCCUGUCCUUUAUAACGUACAUGCCAUACAUGGCGGCGCAGUUAUGGCCGCGUUUCUACACCAUGAUACCUGCAGCACUGAUGGUCGGUUUGGGCGGAGGACCUCUUUGGUGCUCUAAAUGCACGUACAUCUUUGUGGUGUCAGAGGUGCACAGCAAGAUAUCAAACAUUCCCGCCGAGGCGCUGCUGGUGCGUUUCCUGGGGCUGUUCUUUAUGAUCUUCCAGAUGAAUCAGGUGUGGGGCAACCUGAUAUCUUCUCUGGUCCUUUCAUCAUCUGAUAACGCAGCUGCCGUGACAGCCGUGAACGAGACGAUGAUCCCAGUGUUGUGCGGAGCCAACUUUCUACCUAGUGCUGACGCGGGGGAGGCGUUACAGGCUCAGCCGCAGGCCAAAAUACAGACCAUUGCUGGUAUUUAUCUCGCGUGCAUGGCUGGGGCAGCGUUGAUUGUUGCCGUAGGUGUGGAUUCUAUGAAGAGAUACGACUCGGGUCGCAGUGGUUCUGGCGAAGGCAAAUCCGGGCUAGAACUCCUGGCCGUCACUCUCCGGUUAUUGGUGGAGCCGAACCAGCUGCUUCUCAUCAUCAUCAACGUCUUCAUUGGCAUGCAGCAGGCUUUCUUCGGGGCUGACUUUACUGCGUCAUUCGUGUCAUGCGCCAUCGGGACGGGCACUGUGGGAUUCGUCAUGAUGGUGUUCGGCCUCUCGGACGCUAUAGGGUGCGUGGUCACUGGGUACCUGGCUAAGAUUUCAGGUCGCAUGCCCCUGAUUAUCGGAGCGACGAUAGUUCACACCGGGCUACUGGCAACACUGCUGUGGUGGAAAGUGCAAGCGGGUUCUGGUUACGUCAUGUACGCGAUAGCUGUUCUAUGGGGUCUGGCUGACUCUGUGUGGAUGGUGCAGAUCAACGCGUACUACGGCAUCCUCUUCCCCGGCCGCGAAGAAGCGGCCUUCUCCAACUUCCGCCUCUGGGAGUCCGUAGGCUACAUCAUCGCGUACAUCAUCUCCCCCUACCUCCGGACCAGCGCCAAGACCUGGCUUCUCUUUGCCAUGAUGGUGGUCGGAGUAGCGGGGUACUUCACCGUGGAAUGUAAGGAGAGGAAAGCCCAGAAUAAACUGCUGGAAAAGGAGAAGUUGGGAUGUGAAAAGGGCUGUGAUAAUAUAGCUUUUCAGAGUAUCGAGAGGUUUUGAUUGAGUGACAUUAGGAUCUAAUUAAAUUAAAGCUCUAGUUUGUAUGUAAAAGAAGAAAGAAAACACUUUUAGCGUUGUGCAGAAUUUAUGUAUAGAAUUAUAACUAUUAUAAGUUCGUAAGACUUUCUGUCUGUCUUACAGUCUGUAGGUGUCUUUUUUACUUGAAGCCUACGAUCAGUGGCCUUUUUUACUACAAUGACAUUGACACUGACAAUUCUGUGCCUAUUUCUGGGUUGACAACAACAACAUACAACAUACUUACAAUCACGCCUGUAUCCCAUAAAGGGGUAGGCAGAGCACAUGAAACUGCUAAAGUUACA